UUUUGUAUGUCAAUAGCUGUCAUUCAUAAUGUUCGAACUUCGAUUCUGAUCUUUCGAAUUCGGUCAAAGCAAAGUUCGAAGUUAAUGAAAGAACUUACUUAUACUUACAUAAAAUUAACAUCUGUUGAACUUAAAUAAUCUUCGGAAGGAAUUAAAAGAAGAAGAAAGUUUAUAUAAGUAAUAAAGUUCGCAUCUGACAUGUGUUUGUGUUGAAUUAAUUACUCUACUAUUAGCGGCUUAGGACCCCUAAGACAGUAUUAAUAUUGAACUCAAACUCUAAUUAUCAGCAAAAGUAUUAUCAAUGUAUUGAUUGCUAUCAUCGUACUUGAUAUUAUCUCAGCAGAAGUAAUGAUGUUUUCUAAAAUUGGGAAAAGACUUAGGCAACCCACAUUUUCCGGAUUUCGUAAUUCUGCGACUGGUUAUUCGGAAGUUCCUGAUCUUGACACGGGUUAUUAUUGCAAUCCAGCAAAUGUACAAGAAAUAAAACAAAAUAUAAACCGUCGCAAAGGCAUUGGAAAUAUAGAACGUGUUAACAAUGUCUAUAACCAACUAAAAUUUAUGCCGGAGACCAAUAGUUCAUAUAAAGCAUUAAUGUAUGAAUUAGGGAAGUUACUUAUGAGUUUACCUAACAAAACCCACCCAUCAGUACAAAUGUAUGACGAAACUCCCAAGUUACUUCAGGAAAUCAAUGAAAGGAGAGAUUUUGGUAAAUAUGCCCCAUUGGAGUUCAGUGAAAUAACAAGACGAUUGAAUUUAAUGAGAACUGAUAAGCUGGGCCAUACAUGUGGUCACAAAAGUUACUACUUUUUAGAUGAGUUAGCUGAAUUAGAAGAAACUCUGCUGAAGUAUACAGUGUCAUUUUUAUUGAAAAAUAAUUUUAAUUUAGUCUCUGUGCCUGACAUCCUUCCCAGCAAUAUAUUGGAAAGUUGUGGAAUGUCAAUAAAUACUGAUCGCACUCAGAUAUAUUCUCUUGACCCCCAUCACCAUGGCCCUGAUCUUUUCCUCUCUGGCACUGCUGAAAUGUCAUUGGCUGGCUUUUUAAAGAAUUCCCUACACUCCAAAAUGGAUUUGCCACUGAAACUAGCAGCAGUAAGUAGGUGUUACCGUGCAGAGUCUUCCAGUGUUAUAGAAGAGAGGGGCAUUUACAGAGUCCACCAAUUUACAAAGGUGGAAAUGUUUGCUGUAACCACACCAGAACAGUCUGAUGACAUGUUGGAGUAUUUGAGGAGUUUGCAACAAGAUCUAUUCACACCCCUUGGCUUUCACAUGAAGGUCUUGGAUAUGCCACCGCAUGAGCUGGGAGCCCCUGCUUACAGAAAGUAUGACAUUGAGGCUUGGAUGCCAGGGCGCAAUAGCUAUGGUGAAAUAUCAAGUUGUAGCAAUUGCACCGAUUAUCAGUCUAGACGACUUAAUAUUAAAUACAAAGAUGAAAAUUCUAUCAAAUAUGUGCACACACUAAAUGGCACUGCUUGUGCAAUACCAAGAAUAUUGAUAGCACUUAUUGAGACUCAUCAAGAUCCAAAAGGCAAAAUAUUUAUACCACAUAUUCUGCAACCAUUCAUGAAUGGGAAAACUUCCAUUGGUAAAAAUAUAGCAGUGCCAGAAUUGAAGUUAUUAAAAAAAUUAAAAUAGAUGAUUUUAAGUA